UUUGUUUUUUUUUCUGCUUACAACCAAAGUCGUCGGAACAGGAUGAACUACAAGAAGAACCUGCUGCUGUUGUACGACCGCCCACGGGAACCCAUCUUCAUGGGCAAGGGCAAGUCGGUGUUCGAUGUGCCGGAUAACUAUCUGACGGAUCGCUAUCGGCCGAUCGGACCGGAGAUCCAGAACCGAUUCGGCGAACUGGCGGAGGAACGCAUCCCGGUUCGGGGUAUCGCCCUGCCGGAUCUGAGGAUUCCGAUGUCCCUGGGCCGGCAGGAGCAGUUUUCGCUGUUCAUUCCCAGGCACCGGAAGAUUUCGGCCAGGCUGAUCGAUAUCUUCAUGGGAAUGCGCAACAUCGAGGACCUCCAGAGCUGUGCCGUCUUCGCUCGGGACCGCAUCAACCCGUACCUGUUCAACUAUGCCCUCUCGGUGGCCCUGCUGCACCGCCGCGACACCAAGGACCUAGAUCUGCCGUCGAUCAUCGAAGUCUUCCCGGACAAGUACGUCGAUUCACGGGUCUUCGAACAGAUCCGCGAGGAAGCGACCGUCGUGCCGGAGGGAAUGCGAAUGCCCAUCGUCAUCCCGAAGGACUUUACCGCUUCCGAUCUGGACGAGGAACACCGGCUGUGGUACUUCCGUGAGGACAUCGGUGUCAAUCUGCACCACUGGCACUGGCAUCUGGUGUACCCGUUCGAGGCAUCCAACCGUGCCAUCGUGGACAAGGAUCGCCGGGGGGAGCUGUUCUACUUCAUGCACUCGCAGUUGAUCGCCAGGUACAACUUCGAGCGGCUCUGCAAUCGACUGCAGCGAGUUAAACGACUCAACAAUCUACGCGAACCGAUCGCCGAGGGAUACUUCCCGAAACUGGACUCGCUGGUAGCGUCCCGUACCUGGCCCGGACGGGUCGACAAUGCGGUAAUUAAGGACCUGAACCGCGAGCUGGAUCAGAUCAAGCAGGACGUAUCGGAUUUGGAACGUUGGAUCGAUCGCAUCUACGAAGCGGUCCACCAAGGGUACGUCGUUGAUGAAUCCGGCAAUCGCAUCAACUUGGACGAGGAGAAGGGCAUCGACAUUCUGGGCAACAUCAUCGAGUCAUCGAUCCUGUCACCGAAUCGUCAGCUCUACGGGGACAUGCACAACGUCGGGCAUGUGUUCCUGUCGUACACGCACGAUCCGGACCAUCGGCAUCUGGAGUCGUUCGGCGUGAUGGGUGACGUAGCUACGGCCAUGCGUGAUCCGGUGUUCUACCGUUGGCACGCGUUCAUCGACGACAUCUUCCAGGAGUACAAAAUCAAGCUGCCACCGUACACCAAGAGCCAGUUGACGUACGAAGGCAUUUCGGUGACGGGAAUCGCCGUUCAAUCGGAAGGAGCUCCAACCAACACGAUGCACACCUACUGGCAGCAAUCAGAUGUGGACCUAUCGCGUGGUAUGGACUUUGUUCCCCGUGGUAACGUAUUCGCCAGGUUCACCCACCUCCAGCACGCCCCGUACAUGUACAUCAUCGAGAUCGAGAAUGCGUCGGACGCACAGCGGAUGGGAUUCGUGCGAAUCUUCAUGGCACCGAAGAACGACGAACGUGGCCAACCAAUGCUAUUCCGGGAUCAGCGGCUGUUCAUGAUCGAGAUGGACAAAUUCCUGGUGGCACUUCGUCCAGGAUCGAACCGCAUCCGGCGUCGUUCGAACGAAUCCACCGUUACCAUCCCGUUCGAGAGGACCUUCCGCAACCUGGACACUAACCGCCCGGAGACGGCAACUCCCGAGGAGGAAGCCUUCAACUUUUGCGGUUGUGGUUGGCCGGCGCAUAUGCUCGUUCCGAAGGGACUGCCGGAAGGCUUCCCGGCCGAUCUCUUCAUAAUGGUGUCUGACUACGAGGAAGAUCGUGUCGUUCAGGAUCUGGUUGGCACCUGUAACGAUGCCGCCUCGUACUGCGGGGUGCGCGAUCGGCUCUAUCCGGACAAGAAGGCGAUGGGCUAUCCGUUCGAUCGGCUGGCCCGCACCGGAGUGGACCGGUUGGCCAACUUUGUCACGCCGAACAUGGGCAUCCAGUCGGUCAAUGUGAUCCACAUCGAUAAGACCGUGCCGAGGACCUAG